UGGCCAGACUUUCUUCUUCUCCCUCCCCUCCAAACCGGUGCGAGACGUGAAAAACCCUGGAGGUGUUGCAGGAGCAGAGCCAACGCAAAGUUCCAGUGACACACUAACACUCACCCCGUCACUUCACUGUCGAGUAUGGCGGCAACGGGCUAUGCUCUUCUCUCCGCCGCACUGGCACUAUUCAUAUGCUUGCCAUCAAUCACCGCUGCCGAUUUAAUACAAGGCUGCGGUGGAUUUGUUGAGGCGAGUCGAGCACUGAUCAAAUCCAGGAAGGAGUCGGACGGGAAGUUGGACUAUUCUCAUAUAUCGGUUGAGCUUAGGACAUUGGAUGGCUUGGUGAAAGAUAGAACACAAUGUGCUCCAAAUGGUUAUUACUUUAUACCCGUAUAUGACAAGGGUUCAUUUAUUCUCAAAGCAAGGGGACCAGAGGGAUGGUCGUGGGAUCCAAAACAAGUUCGGGUUCUUGUUGAUCACACUGGUUGCAAUGCCAAUGAAGAUAUUAAUUUUCAGUUCACAGGGUUUACUGUAUCUGGGAGAAUUGUGGGAGGUGUGGGUGGGGAUAGUUGUACACAGAAGUAUGGAGGUCCACCUAAUGUGAAGGUUGAGCUUUUGUCUCCCGGAGAUGGUGUUAUUUCGUCAGUAUUAACAACUUCUUCUGGAACAUAUUCCUUCACAAAUGUUAUUCCUGGGAAGUAUAAAUUGCAAGCAUCCCGCCAUGACUUGAAUAUUCAAGUCAGAGGUGCAGCUGAGGUUGAUCUGAAUUUUGAAAAUGCCAUGGUGGAUGACUUUUUCUUUGUCCCUGGCUAUGAUAUCCGCGGAUCUGUUUUAGCUCAGGGAAAUCCCAUUUUGGGAGUUCAUAUUUAUUUACAUUCAGACGAUGUGUCAAUGGUUGAUUGCCAUGAUGAUCUUGGUAAUAGACCUCGUGAUCCUGCACAAGGAGCAGCUCUGUGUCAUGCUGCAACAGACACUGAUGGAACUUUCACAUUUAAAUCAGUUCCGUGUGGGCUGUACAAGCUUAUACCGUUCUACAAAGGUGAAAACACCAUUUUUGAUGUUUCACCAUCUUCUCUGCUAGUCAGUGUAAAUCAUGACCACACAAUAGUCCCCCAGAAAUUCCAGGUCACUGGAUUUUCUGCUGGUGGCCGUGUAGUUGAUGCCAAUGGUGAGGGAGUGGUUGGUGUCAAAGUUAUAGUUGAUGGUCAUGAAAGAUCAAUAACUGACAAUGAAGGAUAUUACAAGCUUGACCAGGUCACAUCAAAACGUUACAAUUUGGAGGCAAAGAAGGAGCACUACAGGUUUAACAAACUGAAUGACUUUUUGGUUUUACCAAAUAUGGCUUCAAUUGCUGAUAUCAACUCCUUGUCAUAUGAUGUAUGUGGGAGUGUUCGGACUCUUAAUAGCAACUAUGCAGCUAAGGUAACUCUAACUCAUGGACCAGAAAACAUGAAACCUCAAGUGAAAAAGACGGAUCAGAGUGGAAAUUUUUGUUUUGAGGUUACGCCAGGGGAAUACCGUUUAUCUGCAAUUGCAGCAACACCUGAAAAUUUUCCAGAUCUUUUAUUCUCCCCUCCUCAUGUUGACAUUUCAGUCAGAAAGCCAGUAUUAAACAUUGAAUUUAAACAGGUGCAAGUGAGUAUAGCAGGAUCUGUUGUAUGCAAAGAGAAGUGUGGUUCUUCUGUUUCUCUUACUCUUGUGCACCUGGAAGGCAAGCACAAGGAUCAGAGGAAGCUAACACAUUUGACAAAUGACAGCAAUGAAUUCAUUUUCUCAAAUGUCCUUCCUGGUAAAUAUAGGGUUGAGGUCAAGAACCCCUUAGUAGCACUUUCUGGGGAAGAUAGAUGGUGCUGGGAUGAAAGUUUUACCAAUAUUAAUGUUGGGACCAAUGAUGUUAAAGGACUAUCAUUUGUACAGAAGGGGUACUGGGUUAAUAUUAUUUCAAGUCAUGAGGUAGAUGCUUUCCUCACACAAGACAGUUCUGUUGUGAACUUCAAGAUAAAGAAGGGAUCUCAGCAUUUAUGUGUGGAAUCUCCCGGAGUGCAUGAGCUGAAUUUUCAUAAAUCAUGUAUUUCCUUCAGGAGCUCCUCUCUGAUAAUUGAUACUUCUGAUCCAUUGCCAAUCUCUUUAAAAGGAGAGAAAUAUCUUCUGAAGGGUCAUCUUCACGUUGACCCAAGUUCGCCUAGUGGUUCACAAAAUAUGCCCCAAAACAUUCAAGUUGAUGUAUUAGACACUGAAGGUUCUGUGAUUGGUCGUAUUGCUGCAAUCCCUAGCCAUAAUGAUAUUAAUCAAUCUGUUACUGUUUAUGAAUAUUCAACAUGGGCAAUACCGGGAGAUAAAUUCAUUUUUGUUCCUCAAGACUCUCGGGGUGAUGGGGAAAAAAAGAUACUGUUCUACCCCAGACAACAGCAUGUUUCUUUGAUGCAAGAGGAUUGCCCCCCAGUAAUUCCCCCAUUCUAUGGUCGCAUAGGAUUAUAUAUUGAAGGAUCAGUCUCACCCCCCCUGUCUGACAUUAACAUCAAAAUCAUUGCUGCGGGGGAAAGCCAUAGUGCUCCUCUCAAGCAAGGGGAUGUAGCAGCUGAAGUUAGUACAGGGGUAGACGGAUUUUAUGUUGCAGGGCCUUUAUAUGAUGAUGUUAAUUACCACGUCGAAGCUUCAAAGUCUGGUUAUCAUAUAAAGCCUGUAGGGCCUCAUUCAUUUUCUUGUCAGAAGCUUGGUCAAAUAUAUGUGCGCAUUUAUUCAAAUGAAGAUAUAAGAGAGCCUUUUCCAUCAGCCCUCUUGUCGUUGAGCGGGGAAGAUGGUUAUAGGAACAAUUCAGUAACCGGUGUUGGCGGAACUUUUAUUUUUGACAACUUAUUUCCAGGGAGUUUUUAUCUCCGGCCUCUGCUUAAGGAGUAUGCUUUCUCACCUCCUGCACAGGCAAUUGAACUUGUUUCUGGUGAAUCUAAAGAGAUAAUUUUUCAUGCUACUCGAGUUGCAUACAGUGCCAUGGGAGUUGUCACUGUUCUGUCUGGUCAGCCAAAAGAGGGUGUUUCAAUAGAAGCUCGAGCAGAUUCAGAAGGCUUUUAUGAGGAAACCUUAACUGACUCAACAGGAAACUAUCGCCUGAGGGGUCUUUUACCUGACACUACGUAUGAAAUCAGAGUUUUGAGAAGGGUUGGUUAUGGUAACCAUCUUAUUGAACGUGCAUCUCCAGAGUCUAUAACCAUUAAGGUCGGGACUGAUGACUAUAGGGGGUUAGAUUUUGUUGUAUUUGAAGAGCCAGAGAUGACCAUGGUAAGCUGCCAUGUCGUGGGGCAUAAAAUGAAAGACUUUCAACCAGAAAUUCAGGUGGAAGUUAAGUCUGCAACUCACCCAAUGAAGAUUGAAUCUGUCUUCCCGCUGCCUCUUUCAAACUUUUUCACGUUGAAAGACUUGCCCAAAGGCAAACACCUUCUGCAACUCCGGUCUGCUACGCUAUUGGGCACCCACAGGUUUGAAUCGGAAGUAAUUGAGGUUGAUUUAGAGAAAAAUAGGCAAAUUCAUGUAGGCCCUCUCAGAUACAGAAUUGAAGAGGAUCACCAGAAACAGGAAUUGACUCCAGUUCAUGCGUAUCCUCUCAUUGUUGGAGUCUCAGUUAUUCUACUUUUCAUUAGCAUGCCGAGAUUGAAGGAUUUAUAUCAAGCCAUUGCUGCGAUGGUGAUGUCUGCUGCAUCAGGAUCUGGCAGCAAUGUAAGAAAAGACGCGAGAAAGACAUCUGCAAGGAAAAAGACAUACUGAAGUCUUUCCAUCUUCCACUGGACAAUUGACUAUCGGUACGUCUAAAUUCAAAUGCAUCGUCUCAGUUCUGUGAAAGCAUGAAACUUGUGAUAGAUGGCGAAUUUUUGAAAGGCGCUACGGCUCUGUAAUCUGUCUGAACAUGAUUAGCCUGAUGGAUCGUUAGUUCCAAAAUUUGAAGUCCUUUUUUUGUUAACAUUUAUAAACGGCGUGUAAGGAAAUAUUAGCGCUCCCUCUUGUAGGUAACAUUUCUAAGAGCGUCUUUUUUUUGGUUUUUUAAAUUUAUUUAUACACAUUUCUCUUUUUGAGAUUUGAUUAAAGUUAUUUUCAAUAU